UCCAACCACAAAACCUCCUCAUUUGCUUCUUAUACCUCACCCUUCACGUAGCGCAACGGCAAUCCCAACGUCCAUCACAUUUAUUACCCCUGGUCUGAUGCUACAUCCUCCGAAUACUUCUAGCCUACCGCAGGCUCGACUCUCGAAACCGUAGUGCCGUCGAACUGAACCUACCAAAAUGCCGCGAGGCCGACCUCGCAAUCUAACCCCAACUCUCAGCUCCUCGUUGUUGACAGUCCUCCUCCUUUCUUCGCUUUCGACAUUCGCCGCGACCGCUCCGCAGCAGCAACCGCAAGAUGGCAUUCCAUUCGUCGGACAACAUCACAUAGUAGAUACGGUAAGCCCGGAUCAACAUACCCACGCGGGCCGCAUACCGUACCAACAGAAACGCAAUCUCCCAGUAGCCGCACAGAAUGAGCGCGCCGUUGCAACUCUGCCCUCUGCUCCAGCAGUCUCGCUUGCUGCCGUACAUAGAGCGCCUUCCAGUUCUACCGCCGCUGGUGGUAUUAUCACGCGACCAGACAGUGCGCGGAAUCUCCAGGACUGGGAGGUAGAGGACUUUGUUCUCUUGGCGACCGUUGACGGUCAGAUUCAUGCAAGAGAUAGAGAGACGGGCCAGGAGAGAUGGUCCCUUUACGUUGGACGCCCGAUGGUAGAAACAACGUAUAGCAAGAACAAAAGCUCUGAUCCUGACGUGGAGUCCCAAGAGAUGCCCUUUAUAUGGAUUGUGGAGCCUAGUCAAGAUGGGAACAUCUAUGUUUAUACGCCUCAAGCCAACUCGAUGCAAAAGUUAGAUGUUACCGUCCAGAUGUUAGCCGAGAUGUCGCCUUGGUCAACCAGUGAUCCCCCUAUGGUAUACACUGCCGAAAAACGAACGACACUUUACACUAUCGAUGCUCGAAGUGGGAAUGUCCUGCGGCGGUUCAGCUCAGGGGGCUCGACCACGUACAACACCACCAAAUGUGAUCGUACCACAGGAUUUGAACCUUCGAACAAGGAAUGUGUAGGUUCCUUGACAUUGGGUCAGAUCGAGUACACCGUCAGCAUACAGAACAGAGACACGGGCGAGGAUAUAUGUACCAUCAACUUCUUCGAGUGGAGUCACAACAAGAAAGACAAUGAUCUGUACGACCAAUACUUGUCUACAAUGGACAAUAAGUACGUGUACAGCAAGUAUGACGGUACCAUAUUCGCACUAGAUCAUACACAGCACCGUAAGAUCUACCCGCAGCGUCCUGUAUAUACGCGCAAGCUCGAUUCGCCCGUAGUUCGGGUCUUCGACGUCGCCCGACCGUACCAUGAUGACUCUCCUGAUCCACCUCUUCUCCUCCUACCGCAACCACAUUCAAAUGUCGAGAAUGAAGGGAAGGAUAUAUGGGUCAAUUGUACGGAGGCUGGCUCGUGGUACGCGAUGUCAGAGUUCAAUUAUCCCGCUGUAACCGAUGGAGCUUCCGAGGCGAAAUGCUAUCAUCCUGAACAGCCAUUUUUGUCUUGGUCUGAAGAUACCAAAUCGUUUUCGUCUAGGAAAUCCUUGGUCGGCGUGCACUCCCUAGCUAAUGAAUUAGAGAAGAUUGAGUAUCCGGAUGUGCCAUUCAUUGAGGCUGGGCCGUCCAAAGAAACUCAACGACCCACAGAGCCAGAAAUGUCACGAGACAUACUGGGAAAGGUACAUGUCAGUCCCGAAAAGAGCGACUCCUGCGGUCCAACUUUCCAAGAGCAACCGAUCACCGUGGACCCUUGCAUAUCAGAGGAUGUAGACGAGUCGAAACCUCGAGUUCAUUUCGCCGACGAAGCUAACCGCUCUAUGGAAAGCGGUAAUUCUCAUCAAGUCACAGUCGUCAAGACUGUAAGCUCUUCUCACGAAGAUAGCGACGACAUCCAACAAGGCUCAACUCAUGCUCCAAAAAAUUCGAACAGUGAAGACUCAGCUCAUGAAAACGAUGAACGCAAACCCAAUGGAGAUGACGCAGAUCCUGAUGCGACCCCUAAAAAGAAGAAGGCCCAUAGAGGGCAAAGAGGUGGAAGAAAACGCAGGAAACCUACGAAGAGUGGCAUCGACGAUAUAGCGGCCGAGCAAGACGAUAUCGCGAAAAUCAUUGAACAAGCCAAAAAUGUGGAGUUGGAAAGUGGAUUGCACCCUGAUGAAAUCACAAUCAAUGGUCGCAGUAGUGUCACAGACAUUUCUGGCCCCAUUCAACUUGGAAAACUGACAAUCUACACCGAUCGGAUUCUGGGCAAUGGAAGUGGCGGUACGUUUGUCUUUGAGGGCAAAUGGAAGGAAAGAGACGUAGCAAUCAAACGUAUGCUGCCGCAGUAUUUUGGUCUGGCCGAGCAAGAAGUGUCUCUUCUCCAACAAAGCGACCUCCAUCCAAACGUCAUUCGUUACUUCGAUGAUGAGCGAGACCAGAAUUUUCUUUACAUCGCCGUCGAGCUUUGUCAGGCUAGCUUGUGGGACUUGUAUCGCGAAGCAGGAAGUGGGGAACCAUUGACCGAUGAACAACACGCACUUGUCACACAGAUCAAUAGCGAUGUUCCAACAGUCCUAAAACAGCUCGCAGCUGGACUUGCCCAUCUGCACAGCCUCCGCAUUAUUCAUCGCGAUAUAAAACCACAGAACAUUCUGAUAGCAUAUCCACACAAAGGCCAUAAAGGAGGACCACGUUUGGUGAUUUCAGACUUUGGUCUCUGCAAGACUCUUCCCGACAAUGUCAGCACUCUCAUAGGCACGACAAAUAAUGCAGGAACAAUCGGGUGGAAGGCCCCAGAACUCAUUCUGCAGCCUAAAGAGAAUGAGCGCAAUAGCGCGAGCGCGGCACACAGCCGUGAUUCAACGAGCUCGACCGACCUAGUCUCAGGUGUCAAACGUGCUGUCGACAUAUUCUCUUUAGGAUGCGUGUUUUAUUACGUUCUCACGAAUGGCUCGCAUCCUUUCGAUGAUGAAGAGGGCUGGGCGCAAGUUCGCGAGCUCAAUAUUAAGAAGAACAAGUUUAACUUCAGUCGUCUGGACUACCUUGGAUCUGAUGUUGAGGAGCCAAUCGACCUGCUUCACUGGAUGCUCUCGCCUCAUCCAGAGAUGCGGCCCACGGCAUGGCAAGUCAUGCAACAUCCAUUCUUUUGGUCUGCGGAGAAACGCCUCAAUUUCCUGUGCGACGUGUCCGACCAUUGGGAACGUGAGCCUCGCGAUCCUCCCUCUGUACACCUGACUAGGCUUGAGAAUAUGAAUCUUGAGGUUAUCAUGGACCGAUCCAGAAAAGGUGGUUUCCCAGAUUUCCUCGCCCGUCUUGAUCGGAAGUUCGUCGACACUCUCGGCAAACAAAGGAAAUACACAGGCGAUCGUCUACUGGAUCUGCUACGUGCUUUCAGGAACAAGAAGAACCACUACGAGGACAUGCCUGCCGACGUCAAAGCCAAGGUGGGACCACUCCCGCAUGGAUACCUUGCGUAUUGGAAUUCGAGGUUCCCGAAGCUACUAAUGGCGUGCUACAAAGUUGUGAUGGAGUGUGAUCUGCAAGAGCAACCGCGAUUCCUACCGUACUUC